AUGAGUGUGCCGAAAAAAUAUUUAUUUUGGUUUGCACAGGAGCACGUUGAUUUUCGUGUAGCGGAAAUUGAUUCAAUUCUAAGCUUAUUCAAAAUAGUCUCAUCCAAAUUGAAGCCAACUGAGGCACUAACACAUCAGCCUUAUUGGAUUGUCGAAACUGACUGCGAAGCAACUAUUAAAAAAAUAGCUAACAGAUCUGUGUCGAUAAGAUUUUGUAUAGAACUUUGGACGCAAGCAUCAGAUUUUUCUAAAUUUCAUGAAAGUCUACGAUUAUACUCAAACGAAAAGAUAUCAUAUCAUUCACAUCGAGAAAAAUCAUUCAAAAUUAUUGUUGAAACUUUCUGCAAACAUUUUUCUCAAAAAGAAAAAGUUGCCAAAAUUGAAACUCUUAAUUAUUUACCGUUUGAAGGACCAGUGGAUUUGAGUAAUCCUGACAACAGCUUCUAUUACAUCGAGUAUUAUGGCAUUAAUUCAAAUAAUAAAUCUGAGAAACCAGAAAAACUAUUUUUUGGUAAAUGGAUAGCUGACGGCCAAAGAAACUUGAUUCAGAAAUUAUCAUUAAAAACUCGAAAAUUUAUUGGAACUACUUCCAUGGACCCUCAACUUUCGUUACUUAUGGCUAACCAAGCACAGGUUAAAAAUGGUGAUAUUAUACUUGAUCCGUUUGUUGGAACCGGCUCUCUUUUAGUAGCUGCUGCACAAUUUGGUGGCUAUAUUAUAGGAGCUGAUAUCGAUUUCAUGAUGCUGCAUGCCCGAACAAGACCAACAAGAAUAACUCAAAAAACAAGAAGCAGUGAUGAAAGUGUAGCCGCAAAUAUUAAACAAUAUGGAAAAAGCUCUUGUUACCUAGAUGUUGUUGUGUCAGAUUUUUCAAAAGCUAUGUGGAAACCACAAAUGCGUGUCGAUGUCAUCAUUACUGAUCCACCUUACGGAGUUCGAGAAGCAACAGAACGUAUUGGAACUGUAAAAAAAAGUCCAAUUAUUCAGGAAAACCAAGUAUCUACUCAUAUACCAUCAAAAAUCGUAUAUAGUUUACCUCUUAUAUUCAAUGACUUAUUAAAGUUUGCUGUUCAACAUUUGGUACUAAAUGGAAGGCUGGUUUGCUGGUUUCCAGUAUAUCGAGAAUGUUAUUCCAUAGAACAAUUACCAUCCCAUCCUUGUUUACAAAUGAUUGCUAAUUCAGAACAAAUAUUAAGUAUUCAUGCAAGUCGAAGACUAUUAACAUAUAUGAAAAUAAGAGAGCCAUGUGAUGACGAUGCUGUAAAUACUUUGAAUAUGUUAGACUUCAGAGAAAUGUAUUUUGCAUUGAGAGAUGAAACACGUAAAGAAAAAAGAACUAAACAAGCAAUAGAACGAGCAACAAAUAAAGCAAAAUGGGAAGAACAAUGUAAAAAAUAA